UUUUAUCUAAACUAUAUUAUAACUGUUUAAUGUAGGUUAUUCGUUAUUAUAACACCAACCGUUGUAUAAUAUAUAUUAUAUAGGUACUCACAUCGAUCAAAAAUAUACACUAAACAAACAACAAAUGAUUUUUUUCCAGAUGAACAAGAAUCUUCUGCUGAUGAAAAUUCAUUAUUUUGUGGGAAUUGGUGGUUAUGCGCCACUCAUACCAUUCCUGCCGACAAUGGCUAAACAACGUGGAUAUUCGUCGUUCAUUGUCGGUUUCAUUUUCGCUUUAAUGCCGAUCCCGGGGAUGUUAGCCAAAGUGAUUUUCGGAUCGAUUACGGAUAAAUACAAUUGUCGCCGGUUGGUAUUUGUUUUAAGCGCAAUUUUAACGUCACUAUUGGUGUUAAUAAUGUUAUUAAUACCUAACACGAAUACCAAUGAAGAAAUAGACGACUCGGAUGCGAUUAGGUCGCCGUUGUUUUGGUUAUUUUGGACUACAGUCACAUUAUUCGCGACGACGGCAACGAUCAAGAAUGUUUUGGAGGAUACAAUUUGUAUGGAUCUAUUAGGUGAAAACAAACAUCAAUAUGGUGGACAGAGGUUGUGGGGAUCCAUUGGUUAUAGUUUGUUAGCCAUCGCUUCUGGUUUAUGUGUAGACUGGUAUAGCAAAGAACAAGAGUUCAAAAAUGAUACACCUUGUUUUGUAAUUGCAUUGAUAUGUUUCAUUUUGGAUAUAUUUGUGGUGUCAAACAUUAAGGUUGUACAAGAAAGUCCGUAUACCAAGAGGGUAUCAUCUGAUGUCAAAAAAUUGCUAACUGAAGUUAGAAUUUUAGCCUUUAUCGUUUGGGUUGUAUUAUUUGGAUUUUUCGUUUCGUUCAUAUGGAACUUUUUAUUCUGGUACCUGGAAGAUUUGUCGAUGUUGUAUCACCCUGAAACAAAAUCUUGGAUAAAGACACUUCAAGGACUAGCUAUACUAAUCCAAUGUUUCGGCGGUGAAGUGCCUUCAUUCUUUUUAUCAGGUUAUAUACUGAAACGCGUAGGUCACAUGAACGUGUUUUCUGUAAUGUUUUUUGUGUACGCGUUGAUAUUUUUCCUGUUUUCAAUCAUCGAAAAUCCUGUUUACGUUUUACCGGUCGAGAUACUCAGUGGCGUAGCGUUUGCGUUGUUCUACUCUGGAGCCAUUUCGUAUGCUGAUCUUUUGUCUCCUUCCGGUGCCGAAGGAACGGUUCAAGGAGUCGUCGGAACAGCUUUGACGGGAAUAGGAACGCCCAUUGGAAGCUUCGUUGGUGGCUACAUGUUCAAAAUGAUCGGCAGUAUUGCAUCCUUCAAAAUAUUAAGUGUGCUUGUUCUAAUCACGUGUAUCGUACAAAUCAUAGUCAAUCAGAUGAUAAAUCGUUUUUCGAAUAAUAGUAAUAUCAAAACAACUUCUUCUAAAGGUCAACCAGAAGUUGGAAUCGAUUUUAAGUUAUAGUUUAUUAUAAUUACACAUUUAGUGUUCACCAAAAUAUUUGAACAAAGCCCAUUUUUUAUACAUUUUUUUACUUUCCAUGCGCCAGUUGCAUGUUUAUACUGUAGUAUAUUUUGUAUGUUUGUAUUAUUAAAAAUAACAAUAUAAUAAAAUAUAAUUUUAAUGCAA